AACAACAUUUACCUAAUUGACAAAUCCGCCGCUCGCUCGCUCGCUCGAUGCUAAGUUCGUUAGCACCGCGGCUUCUUCCAGUUUAUCCGCCGCUGGUGAAUCACAUCUCUGCGCCACAGAGGAGCACCACCACCGGCUCCUCUUCAGCCGGGAGCCGCGCGACUUGCACCCGCAGUUACUUUUUUAUUUCAGACGCCAGCUCGCAGCUGCUCUGGGGGGGCGGAGUGUCUGCAGAGUGCUGCGCCGAUUGGGGCGCUCGACCGGGGGAAGAGAGAUGGCGUGCUUGUUGGAGGCCCCGCUCCGCAUCAGCGUGCUGUCUGAAGUCACUGCUACUAGUCGCCAUUAUGUUGACAGACUGUUCGACCCCGACCCACAGAAAGUGCUGCAAGGAGUCAUUGACAUGAAGAACGCCGUCAUAGGAAACAACAAGCAGAAGGCCAAUCUGAUCGUCCUCGGAGCUGUGCCGAGGUUACUGUACCUCCUCCAGCAGAGCUCGUCCAGUCUGGAGCUGCGGACCGAGUGUGCCGUGGUGCUGGGCAGCUUGGCCAUGGGCACCGAGAACAACAUCAAGUCCCUGGUGGACUGUCACAUCAUCCCUGCCCUUCUUCAAGGGCUCUUGUGUCCGGACCUGGUCUUCAUCGAAGCCUGCCUCCGAUGCCUCAGAACGGUCUUCAUCAGUCCCGUCACGCCCGUGCAGCUGCUCUACACCGACCCCACUGUGAUCCCCCACCUGAUGUCUCUGCUCAGCCGCUCACAGAGAACACAGGAGUACAUCACGCAGAUCUUCUCCCACUGUUGUAAGACCCCAGAGCACCAGACGGUUCUGUUCAACCACGGUGCCAUCCAGAACAUCGCCCCGCUGCUCACAUCACCCUCCUAUAAGGUCCGGAUGCAGGCGUUAAAGUGUUUCUCUGUCCUGGCCUACGAGAACACUCAGGUCUCCAUGACACUGGUGAAUGUGCUGGUGGACGGGGAGCUGCUCUCUCAGGUAUUUGUCAGAAUGAUGCAAAGGGAUCAAACCAUUGAAAUGCAGCUAACAGCAGCCAAAUGUUUAACGUACAUGUGUCGAGCAGGUUCCAUCAGGACGGACGACAGCUGCGUGGUCCUAAAGACUUUGCCGUGUCUGGUGCGGAUGUGCAGUAAAGAGCAUCUGCUGGAGGAGAGGGUGGAGGGGGCGGAGACGCUGGCCUACCUGAUGGAGCCCGACGUGGAGCUGCAGAGGAUCGCCAGCACCACCGACCACCUGGUGGCCAUGUUGGCCGACUACUUCAAAUACCCCAGCUCGGUGUCGGCCAUCACGGACAUCAAGAGGCUGGACCAUGAUCUGAAACACGCACACGAGCUGAGACAAGCUGCUUUUAAACUCUACGCCUCGCUCGGCUCCAACGACGAAGACAUCCGCAAGAAGAUUACAGAGACGGAGAACAUGAUGGACAGGAUCGUCAGCGGCCUAUCAGAAUCCAGCAUUAAAGUCCGCUUGGCGGCUGUCAGGUGUCUUCACAGUCUAUCGCGGUCGGUGCAGCAGCUGAGGACGAGCUUCCACGACCACGCAGUGUGGAAACCCCUCAUGAAGCUGCUGCAGAACGCUCCAGAUGAAGUCCUGGUCAUGGCCUCAUCUACACUAUGCAAUUUACUGCUGGAGUUCUCCCCCAGCAAAGAGCCGAUCCUGGAGUCGGGGGUGAUCGAGUUACUCUGCAGUCUGACCCAGAGUGACAGUCCUGCACUGAGGGUCAACGGGAUCUGGGCCCUGAUGAACAUGGCGUUCCAGGCCGAUCAGAAGGUGAAGGUGGAGAUCGUCCGGUGUCUGGGCACUGAGCAGCUGUUCCGUCUGCUGUCGGACCCCGACGCCAACGUGCUGAUGAAGACGCUUGGUCUGCUGCGAAAUCUGCUCUCAACGCGCCCGCACAUCGACCAGAUCAUGAGUUCUCAUGGGAAGCAGAUCAUGCAGGCGGUGACCCUCAUCCUGGAGGCAGAGCACAGCACAGAGGUCAAAGAGCAGACUCUGUGCAUCCUCGCCAACAUCGCCGAUGGUAACACAGCGAAGGAUCUCAUCAUGACCAAUGACGACACGCUCCAGAAAAUCAAAUACUACAUGGGACAUUCAAAUGUGAAACUGCAGCUCGCUGCGACCUUCUGCAUCUCCAACCUGAUCUGGAAUGAGGAGGACGGUUCUCAGGAGCGUCAGGACAAACUGAGGGAGAUGGGCUUCGUCGACAUCCUGCACAAACUCACCCAGGCGUCUGACGCCAACCUCAGUGACAGGGCUAAGACGGCGAUGCAGCAGUACCUGGCGUGACCACAGAGGGGCGGUGGCGUCUACUGCCAGCCUCGCUGACGGUCGUCGGGGGGAGCCGGCGGUCGUCAGGGGGAGGAGCCAGCGACGUUGUUUUGUUUUGAUGCACAAAGACACUUUUUUUUUUCUUUGGACCUGUGGUCGGCCUCCGUUCGCCUCCAGAACCAGAACCACCUCAACGGCUCUGCUCACUGCAGAUCUCGUCUCGGAGACUCUGAGAUUGUGGUUGUCGUGGAAAAUCAACAGUUUAGGAGGAUUUCACUAGUUUUCCUUUUUUUUUUUUUUCCUUCAGUCAAGGACGAAGUGAAUUUUUCUCCUUUUGAGAAUUGAAUUUUGUUUUCGUUGGCGUGCAGCAGCCGGACGCCGCGGUACGUUUGGACUCUCAGAACCGGACCACACGGCCCGACACCAGAGCACGGCUGUUUGACAGCAAAGCUUCCCAGUUUUAUUUUUUUAAUUCUUUAACUAAAUAUGUUGCUUAUUAAUAUUAAUGUUUCCUUGAGGCAUUGACAGUAAGGACACAGAUACAAAACUGCCUGUUUUGAAUUUUGGGUGUUUUCUUUUUCUUUUUUUGUGGAAACAUACCUCGUAAAUAUAUAAAUAUCUAUAAAUAUAAAACAUAAAUAUA